AUGUUUUGUUGUAAAAAAGCCGAUAAGAGUGAUUAUGAAGAUGCAAAGAAAGAAGAUAAAAAAGAGGAAUUAAAGAAAGAAGAAGACAAAAAGGAAGAAGACAAAAAGGAAGAAGACAAAAAGGAAGAAGACAAAAAGGAAGAAGACAAAAAGGAAGAAGAUAAAAAGGAAGAAGAUAAAAAGGAAGAGGCAAACGAACAAAAUAAAGAAGAAAGUAAUGAGGACAAAAAGGAAGAAGAAAAAGAAAGUAGUGAGAGUUCUUCAUCUUUAACUCCAACAUCUGAAAGUGAGAAAAAAGAGGUCACAGAAGAACCUAAACAAGAAGAACCUAAACAAGAAGAACCUAAACAAGAAGAACAAGCAACUGAAGGUAAUGAGAGCGAUAAAAAAGAAAGUUCAUCUUCUAGUAGUAUCAAAGAAGACCAGAAACAACAACCCCUUGUAAAUGAAGUUCCAAAAGAAGAAGAAAUACACGAAGAAAAGUCAGCUGAUGAUUUAAGGGAAGAACCUAGAAAGGAAUCUUCAUCUUCUUCCAACAGCGAAGAAGAAUCAAAAGAAACUGAAGAAAAGCCAAAAGAAGAAGAAGAAAAGAAAACAGAAGAAGAAGAAAAGAAAACAGAAGAAGAAGAAAAGUCAAAUGAAACACAAGAAAAACCAAAAGAGACCGAAGAAAAGAUAACAGAAGAAGAACCAAAAGAGACCGAAGAAAAGCCAAAAGAAACUGAAGAAGAACCAAAAGAGGUUGAAGAAAAGCCAAAAGAAACUGAAGAAAAGCCAAAAGAAACUGAAGAAAAGCCAAAAGAGGUUGAAGAAAAGCCAAAAGAGGUUGAAGAAAAGCCAAAAGAGGUUGAAGAAGAACCAAAAGAAACUGAAGAAAAAUUAGAAGAAAAUAAAAAAUCAGAAGAUAGUUCAACAAAAAGUGACUCUUCAUCAACUCUUUCUUCCUCAAGCAGUAAAUCAGAUACAAGCGAUAAAAAGUCAAGAGAUUUGAGUGAGUAA